AGGGAGCUGGUGUGUGGAAGGAGAUUUUCGAGUUUUUGUAAGGAAAUUUAUAGAAAAGUUAACGCAUCUAUAAUGGCGUUAACUAUUAAAGAAGAAAUUAGCGACGAGUCUGUUGUUAGUUCAGUAGGAGAGAAGGAAUUUUUGAAGGUAAAAAAGCGGAAAAAUAAGAAAAAAAGAGCCACGUCCCAGGAGAAUCAUCACUGGUGGUAUGCCUUGGCUGUUGUGACUCUCCUGGCCGUAGCGACUCGUCAGGUUGGGCUCGAUCUACCUGCAGGAACAGUCUGGGACGAAGUACACUUUGGAACUUUCGCCAAUCACUACAUCAAUAGAACAUUCUACCACGAUGUCCACCCGCCGUUAGGAAAGAUGCUGGUCGCGGGGGCAGCCUGGCUCACCGGGUACCAGGCCACAUUUGAGUUCGCCGUCGGCAAGGACUACACGCCAGAUAUCAACUUUGUAGGGAUUAGAGGGAUGAUGGCGCUUCUCGGUGCCUUGUUGGUUCCUCUGACCUUCCUGGUGGUGUGGGAGGCCUCCUUCUCCCUCAACGCCUCCGUCAUCGCCUCCGUCUGCGUCCUCUGUGACACGUUUAUUCACCGCCUGAACACCCUCCUGCUUCUGGAUCCUCCGCUGCUGGUCGCUAUCGUCGCCUGCGUAUACGGGACCAUCAAGUUCCAUAACCAGCGCCACAGAGAAUGGUCGCUGGCGUGGUGGGCGUGGCUCAUGUUCACGGGCGUGUGUCUGGGUGCAGUAACAAGUAUCAAGUACGUGGGCGUCUUCACCGUGCUCUAUGUGGGCGUGCACACAGCGUAUCAGCUCCUGUGUAUUUUGAUAGAUUCAAGUCGACCUGUGUGGCACGUUUUCCCACAUACAGCAGCACGGGUCCUCGGCCUGAUCAUUCUACCCAUUGCAGUGUAUUUAUCAACUUUCGUCCUUCACUUUUGGGUGCUCACUGAGUGGAGCGUCAAUGGAGGGGGCUUCUACCCGACGAAAUUCUUUGCAGCUUUUUCCAACACAGAAUACGACAAUGCAACCUUCCCCGAACACAUCCACUACGGCGCUAACAUCACCAUCCAAAGCAGCCGACCCAUCUGCGGGUAUCUGGAGUCGUGGUUUGACCUCUUCCCCUCAGACUACACGGCGCCUUGCCAGCAGGUCACGACCUCUACCAUCAGGGACGACGAGGGACUAAUGUGGACAAUCAAGAAAGUGGACCUCGAAGCCGGAGCGGUGAUCGACGGCGGGGACCCCAAGGAGGCGCCGGUGAUGGUGAAGAACGGCGACUUCAUAAUGCUGACUCACGCCGCGACGGGCCGUUCCCUGCGCUCCCACGGCCACCGCGCGCCCAUCACCAAGAGGCACUUCCAAGUCUGCGGAUACGGCGACGACGGCGCCGGCGGCCCCUUCGAAACGUGGGAACUGGUGAUCCCGGGCGAAGCAAAGGGGGCGAACCUCACCAUCAUCAACCAGGACUUCAUGCUCAGGCACUAUAAGAUGAACUGCUACCUCAAAGCCAACGAGAUGGUGAAACUACCCAAGGAAUGGGCCUUCUCGGGCGCCAAGGAAGUGACGUGCUCCAGGAACCCGACCCAGCCUGGCACACUCUGGCACAUCAACUGGAACAACAGCCCAAAACUCGUCAAGACCGUCCACGCUCGAGACCGGUCGGCGAGCCUCUGGGAGAAGAUUUACCAGCAGCACCUUAAUAUGUUCAUCGGGAAUGCUGUCCUCACGCCCCCGGACGACAUGGAGAGGCAGUCGCGCCCUUGGAUGUGGCCGAUCCUGUGGCAGAUGCAGACCAUGGCGUCCUAUGUGGUGAACAACGCAACGAAAGAGGAAGUUUAUGCAAUCGGAAUGGCCAACCCUCUGGUGACCUACCUUAACCUCGCUUGCCUCAUGGGUCUGCUGGUCGUCGCUUUCCUGCACAGCUACAGAGGGAGGCGCUGGAAGGGACACUCAGAUCUCGGCGAAGAGAGCCGUGCCGAUGUCCUCAGUUCGAGCUGGUGGUUAGUGCUGAGCUGGGCAUUCCACUACCUGCCCUUUUUCUUCAUGAGCCGAGUUUUGUAUUAUCACCAUUACUGCCCCUCCUACAUCUUCUCGUGCAUGAUCACAGGGAUGUUCAUCUCAUGGGCUUGCGAGACAGUGUCCUCCUGGAGCUCGGAGACGCGCCGACAGGCCAUCCAGCUGGUGCUCCUGACGGCCGUCGUGGCCGUCCUGUUCACCUCCUACGCCGUCUUCUUCCCCUUGGCCACCUACAUGACGGGCACGGUGUUCGAGGCCAGCCCCAGGAUCAACCCGUACCUCGACUACUUCUACGUCGGGCAGAUGUGGCCUGAGUUCGGCUACAGGAAGUCUGAGUUCAUGUCUGUCACCACUACCAAGGUGGACUUAUGGAAAGAUGACAUCCUGGACAACCCGCACCUCAACGCCACCCUGUACUACUCCACUCCUCUGAACACGACCGCCGGCAUGCCCAAGCUCGACCCUGUCAGGGCUUCGAACUACACCCUUUGGACUUCCACUGAGUCUAGUCUCGUGGACGUGCCUUAUCUCAACACAGAGGACGGCAAUGAAAAAGAAUCUCUUGAGAGUAUGCUUCGAGGAAAGAUUUUAUUAGAUGAGGAAACUGAAGCCUUAAGUGAGGCGAACGUAGGCAGAACCACAAUGAGCGGAGCCGAAGCCGGUUGAUGGAGAAGGAUAGAUGGAUAACGGAUGCAGAAGAAUUAUUUUGAUGAUGAUUAUUAAAAUCAUUAUAACAGAUGGAAGUUUCAUUUUCGUCUGUAUCUAUAUCUGUAUCGAUAGACUAGCUUUUUUAUUAUUAAGACUUUACCUCUUGUUGAACUUUGUAUAUUGUUACGUGGUUUGCAAUAAAUUUAUGAUACGA